AAUGAACACAUGCCAAUCAUUUUACUUUCAUUGAUGAUAUUGCGUUUUGGAGAGUAACUUACAAUGCUUCAAAAAAAAAAAAUUAACUCUAAAAUCAAAUAAACAUUAUUAAUUCAUUAAGGAUUAAUUAGUUUAUUGUUUUACAAGAAGUAUAAAAGUUAACAAACUAUUUUACGAUUCAACAAAUACAUAGCAACAACAGAAAUAUCAUAAAAAGUAAUUUGACACAAACAAAAUACACUAGAUUCAAAAUUUAAACAUUAGCUAAGCAAGGUCAUGAACGCUAAAAUUUAGCCGAGCAGUGUAUAAACAUCCAGUAAUUGAACAGAAUAUGUUUUUAAUCAAGCUCAUUAUUCCUAAAUAUAUAUAAUCCAAUAUAUAUCGUUUUCGUUUGCUAUAUAAAGAUACAAACUUUUACACUGAGAUAACUCAGUUCAAGCUCGGUCUCGAAAAGAUCAAAAUCGUCUAAGGUCGUCCACCGUAUCGUUUUGUGCUCGAGCAUUAUAAUAAAACAUCAAGGAACCUCAUCAAAAUUCAAAAUGCCCAGCUUAGAACCCGAAGUUCCAUUCAAAAAAGCCACCUUCGGCAUGGGAUGCUUUUGGGCUAACGAUGCACUUUUCGGUGGCCAACAGGGUGUACUGCGUACCAGGGUUGGAUAUUCUGGUGGUACCACUCCAAAUCCAGUAUACAAAAAAAUGGGCGACCAUACCGAAGUAAUAGAAAUCGAUUACGAUCCUACCACAAUCACCUACAAACAACUGCUCAAACUGUUCUGGGACAAUCACGAAUACGGUUUGACCACCAUCAUCAAAAGACAAUACAUGUCGUUGAUCCUCUACCACGACGAAGAACAAAAACGUAUCGCCGAGCUGGACAUUAAAAUCGAAGCUGGUAAAAGGAAUGAGAAGUUGAUUACAGAAAUAGCAAAGGCUGGACCCUUUUAUCCUGCGGAAGAUUACCAUCAAAAAUAUCGAUUGCAAAAACACCAGUGGAUUGUCGAGGAGCUCAAUAUUACUCCGGAUCAACUCCAGACGUCUCACGUAGCCGCUAAAUUGAACGGGUACGUCUCAGGUGUUGGCAAGCACGAAGACAUGAAAAAAGAUAUGGAACUGCUUGGGAUCCCUGAAAAGAUUGCCAGCUUCGUGAAAAUCCAGUUUUUGGAAAACGAGGGUGGAGCCCUCUACUGCUAAAGUCUAAAAUAACAUCGUUGAUAUUAGUUUUUUUUUUAUAACCUUCCACUCUCAUUAUAGUUCUAGCCCUAUAGUUCUCAGCGAUAGCUGAGUUCUGUUAGAACUUUAUCUGGGUAAGGCCUCUACUUACGUUUCAUGCUUGUGUGUCACAGAAGAUUUAAGCUGGUAACAAGCAAAAGAAAUAUUCGGGCCUACCCUGAUCAAAUAUCAUUACAUCAUUUUCUAAUUUCUAGUUCUUAUAAUUUUGAUACAAAAAUUGUUUCCUGUGGAAAAUUUUAGUUAUAUUUUAAAUUUUAAAAUAAGGGGAAGAAUAAACUCAGAUUUGCUAAAAUUUAGUUUUGUUUAAUUUUCGCAGACGCCUCUUUUUAGUUUGGGCUAGAUGUGGAUUAUGAAUUGC